AUGCUGAACGUGGUGGACGCGAGACGCCGGCGGUCCUCACAUGUCCAGGUGCUUCGUGUCGCGGUUGGUGGAGGUGUGGUGGUCGCUGUGGCGCUGGUGGUGGCUGUCCUGGUGCUUGGCGGUGGGUCGGCAACGCGGGGCGGGACAGACGGCCCAGGAGCGCCGACAGGCACGGUCUUUGACGUCGACGGAUACGUGGCGGGCGAUCUGGUGCCAAACUCACCGCGCUUUCAGUGGAUGCCGCUCGGAGGCCCGUUGGUUGCUACGGCUGUCGAUCCAGACUCGGGCGCGCUGAUCGCUUUUGGCUCGGCGAGCACCCGCCCGGUCGAACUCGUCCCGGCGAGCGCCAUGGCCGACGUCGACGCGUAUGCGGUCGCGCCGGACGGAACCAAGGUCCUACUUGCCCGCGAUGCGCAGCGACUGUACCGCCACUCGACGAGUGCGGUGUAUGCGGUGUAUACUGUGGCAUCAGGAACAGAGAUGGCGGUCCUGGGCCAGACUCGGCUGCGCAAGGCUGUGUGGGCGCCUGACGGCGCAUCCAGGCUCGCCGUCGUCGACGCUGCCGCCACCAAUCUCGGCGUUGUCGAUCUUGAUCUGGGGGGCUUGGUCACCUGGUUGACUAGCGACGGCAAGCUCUCUGAGGUCCUCAAUGGCGUACCAGACUGGGUCUACGAGGAAGAGGUGUACUCAGCCGACGUGACGCUCUGGUGGUCGCCCGACGGCACGUCUCUGGCAUACCUGCGAUUUGAUGAAACGCAGGUGGCGUCGACCGGCUUUGACGUCUACCCCGGUGCUGGUCCGUAUCCUGAGCGCUAUCGCUACAAGUAUCCGGUGCCAGGUGGGACCAACUCGAACGUCACCCUCUGGGUUCGCAACCUCACCGAGCCUAGUCCUGUCCUAGUGGACACACUUGUGGCCGGCCGUGGGACUGCUGACCAGUAUGUGGUCCAGGUGGCGUGGGCAUCAUCGUCAGUACUCACCGUGCGCGUGCUCGAUCGCGCACAGCAGCACGGGUUCCUGGUCGCGGCAACGCGGGCUGGUCCCGGGGCAUGGACCAGCUCGGUUGUCAACGAGCUUGCGUCCGACACUUGGCUGGAACUCACCGAGCCUGUCUUCUUCCCAUCAAGCUCUGAACUUGGCGCAACGCAGACGUACCUCGAUCUACAGCCGCAUGGUAACGAGCUUGCGGUAGGCGUGUUUAGGCUCGACGGCAGCACCUCGACCGCGCCAGUGGCUUGGCUCGACGCAGGCGCGCCAGUAACCCGGAUUGUGGGUGUGAGCCGGGACGGGGACUCGGUCUACGUCGAGACGGCGCCGACGCCUCGGACCCGCGCUCUGGUUGCCAUCCGCGGCCUCGGUCUCGAUCCGACUCGCGAGGCGACGGCCGAGCGCCUGAGCCCUGCCGACGCCUGGGCGUCGGUCUCGCUCUCGCCAACUCGCGAGCACUAUCUGGUUGUAAUCUUCGGUCCGAGUGUACCAGUCUACACGGUCCAUGCCACUGCUGACGACACGCCACUGGUGGUGUUGGAGGACAAUGCGGCGCUUGCAACCAAGCUCACCGGAUACGCGCUGGCAAGUCGCGAGUUUAUCGAGGUGCCGGGCGCGUACGGUGGCAUCCACAACCUCGGGUACAUCCUCAAGCCGCCGAGCUUUGACCCGAGUCGGAAGUAUCCGGUGCUCAUGCACCAGUACUCGGGCCCGGGCUCGCAGCAGGUAACAGCCCGGUACAGCGCGAGCUGGCAGCUCGCGCUGGCGUCGUCGGAGGAGAUCAUCGUGGUCUGCGUUGACGGCGCCGGCACCGGCGGGCGUGGCCUCACUUUCGAGCAUCAGACCUACCUCCGGCUGGGCGAGCGGGAGCUGGCCGACCAGCUUGCUGCUGCAGCGUUUGUUGCACAGCUUCCCUACGUCGAUGAGGACCACAUGGCGCUGUUUGGAUGGUCGUUUGGUGGCUUUGUGGCCGCAUCGGCGUUUGCAUCGCCAGCGGGGCGCGAUGCCUUUGCCGCCAUCAUCUCGGUUGCCCCCGUAACCGACUGGCGCUGGUAUGACUCUAUCUACACCGAGCGGUACAUGGGCACGCCCGCAUCCAACGGCGACGGCUACAUCGCAACAUCGGUUGUGGCCACGGUUGCAAAGGAGCCGCCGCCGGCCUCUCCCUCCACCGCCUUUCUGCUCAUGGCCGGCCUCGCAGACGACAACGUCCGCUACACGCACACUGCCCAGCUGGACAUGGCGCUUGUUCAAGCUGGUGUUGCCUUUGAUGGCUUUGCCUUCCCGAACCAGAACCACGGCAUCAACGCCGACGGCGCGCACGCCCACAUCUACCGCAAGAUGACAGCCUUUCUUCGCCACCACCUCGCUCCUCAAGCCUGAUACAAUUCUGUCCAACGAGAAACACUCCUCCCUGCCCG